AAAAUGUUGAGCGUUGUUUAGUAACCCCUGGAUUGCUGUAUUAUAGUUGGGAUAGUUGUUUCGGCAUGGCAAAUAUGGAGCUUAGCCUGGAUGACAUAAUUCAAAAGAAGUUUUCCAAAAACUCAAACGUUCGGGGACGGCGAAGGGGACAGAUCAAGAGGUUAGAGUCUGGUGGUCGUGGCCAGAGUCUUAACAACACGAACCAUGUCAACAGAAGAGGCGGUUUUCAGGGACGACGGAGGGCUAAUGUUACAGGAUCAGUAGCCGAUGCUCGCCUACGAAUAAUACAGAAGAAUCGCCAGAAGCUUAUAGACGCUAGAGACAAGUUGGCUGAAAUUGCAAAGCAAACUGAUGCUCGUUUGAAAUUAGACAAACUACGAGAAAACAGGAGUAAUUCAAGCUCUAAUUUAUCUCGUGUUGGAGCCAGCAUAACGAGACGUACUGGACGUAAUGGUCAAAUCAGUUUGAGUACCAAUAAGAGACGAACUCCACAUAAUGGAAAUAAAAUACAGGAACGCACAGUAACUUCAGGGGGUCGAGGAUUUGUAAUGGCAGCUUCAGAAAUGGAUGUUGAUGCUCAUAUCAGAGAAGGUCUAUUGCAAGUGGGAUCCACAGUCCUGAGACGUACAGUGAGCAAUGAUAGAACAUCACUUCCUCCGCCACCACUAUUUGCUCCUCCUGUGCAGCGACGGAGCCUUUAUACAUGGGUGAAUCCAGUGCCUCAAGAUUCACCGUCAUCAUUAGAUGAGUAUAGUUCCAUUUCGCGCAGCCCAAUACAGGCUUCCAUUCUGUGUGAUCCUGUAUUGACUUCUCCUGUUGUAAGACGAGGGCCAGUUCAACCCACAAGCCUCAAGAUAAUAGCCAGGAAUACACCACAGCCGAAGCAUGGACCAACACUGCUCUCUGAGAGGAAGGAAUGGAAUUACGAAGCCCAGUCUGUAAAACAUGGGAAUGUCACUCCUGUUUCACGCACUGAACCUGAAGACUCUGAUGAGGACUUACCUCUUUGGAGGCAAGGCAGUGUAUCAGGCAGUACAGGUGCCAUGGCUGGCAGAAUGAGUUCAGAAUUGAAAGCUCGACUGGACACACCUGUUGUUACUCCUCGCACCAUGGGCAUUCUUUCAGCUGGUUCAAAAUCUGCCAACACUACACCUUCUGCCCCCAUUGGCCAUAGGAUUGUGGUUUCAAAUCUGCAGACCAGUGUCACACAUGAGGACAUUCGGGAGCUCUUUGAAGACAUAGGUCCCCUGGUGACAUCACGUCUGGUUCGACCAGGAACAGCAGAGGUGGUGUACCAGCUACAUAAGGAUGCUGUGAAAGCUGUUGAUGUCUACCACAAUCGACAACUUGAUGGGCAGCCCAUGAAGUGUAUGCUAGUGAAUUCCAGGCCACCAUCAAUACCUAGUGCUGCAAAGAAUUCAACCAGUUCCCGGAGUUCCAGUGGCAGUUCAUUCAAGCUUCCAACAGGAGGGAAGUCAUCAGUUGUUCCUGACAUAGGGACAAUCCACAAGGCACUCUUCAACAAAUCUUGAAAUGUUUCCUUUGUUCAGGACUCAUAUGCUAAAAACUGGCAUGUACAGAGUGCAGGAGGCAUGAUGAAGCAUCAGACUCUGGUAGUUAUAGGACAUAACACGAAGAAACGGAUUGCAUAUUAUUUUUUAGCAAUAUUUUGGUACUGUAUCCAUGUAUUACCAGUUAUUAUAAAUUCCUAUUUGAAAAUGAGUUGGUACCAAAUACAUUGUUAACGAAGAAAUGUGCAUGGUUACAUGGCUUUGAUUUGACAUUGUGGAGAUUUAAUAAAUUUGUAAUACAAAGGUUAAGGUUAUGUUGGCUAUUUUGUGAUUGGAAACUGUAUUUGGUCAGUCAUGAAUUCCAUAAUUCUUGUUUCUGUUUUCAUAAACUUACUGAAAAUUAUUCAACGGAUAUGUACAUGAGUUAAGGAAAUUGCAACAGAUUACACAGCUACAGUUUUAACAGCACCAGUGACUGUGUACCAUGUGAUAAAGCUGGUGUUCUAUUGAAGCACACUGUAUACAUGCUUCUCACAAGUCCAACAUUUUAAUUCUAUAUCAUCAGAAGCAUAUACUCAUGCAAAUCACUUGAACUUCUAAAAUAAAUAUUAAUCAAAAUCAAAAGUCUCCAAAGUUUAUUCCAAGUACAUUCAUGAUUGUUGCUGUUAUUGUUCCUUUUAUUUUUUAGGUUUCAUAUGUUUUUAGCCAGUAAUUAGACAUAAACACAUUACAGAUAUCCUUUUUUAUUGCUAGUGGUUUGGGACUAAGUCCCUUGUACUGCAGCCACUUC